AUGAUCAUAACGAAGCCAACAGAACUAAAGGAACAACUCACAGUAGAGCGCUUCAUUACGAUGACGAAACCAGACGGUGACAUCAACACGAUGACCCUCUUGAUCAAGCAUCUCCCCGCCAACCUUAAGGACUUGUGUGUCCUUGCUGCUCUGACGAAUAUUCAUCACCGUGGCUCCUCCAAUCAUGCUGGGUCGAAAGAGAACGAGGAGGAAAAGAAAACUUGA